AUGGCAGCGGAGAGUCCGGAUCCGAGCCUUGAGGAGGCUCUGAGUCCAGAGGAGGAGAGAGAACUGCUUUUACUGAGGACCGAGAUCGAGGAACUCCACAUCGAGCGCUGGAAACAGAAAGAGCGUGGAGCAGCUCUGAUAAAAGAGAAAGAAGUCCUCACCGGGAAAAUACAAGAGGCCAUAGAUUUGAAUCUGAGCCAUGACCUCUUCCAGCAGGCAGCAGUCGUCAAGGAGAUGGAGGAGGCCACGGAGAAGCAAUGGGAGAUAGUGGAGGAGAAGAAGGCUCUCAGGAGCAGGAUGGAGACGGAGAUCGCUGAGCUGAACCAGAGGAAAAAGGAAAAACUCCGAACGGUGGAAAAUCAGUCCGGCUACUACAAGCUCUUGGACAAAGUGGUCAAGAAGACAAAGUUUGCUGGUGUGGAGGAGCUGAUCAACCAUCUACAGAACCUGUUCCACAUGAGAGAUAAGGCGCGACAGGCCGAGAACGACAAGUUGGAGGAAAUCGACCAGAACCGACGUCAGCUGCUGAGUCUGGAGGAGCAGCACCACAUGAGCAUGAUCCGAAAGAACUACGACCUCGCCCAGAACCAGACCGAGCUGGAGAAGUGCCAGUCCGAGGAGCGCAUAUGGCAACAAAGAUGGGACAAAAUACAAGAGACGGCGACGAAGAAGACCAUGAUGGUGGGACAGCUGAAGAUGGCCACCCUGAACCUGUACGAGAUGACCGGGGGCGUGGUGGGAGAGGGCGGGGUGGACAUCAACGACACUCAGGCCCAGCUGGACAUGAUCGUCGACUUCAUCCGCGACACUGAGAACAUCAUAAAGCAGUACCAGCUUUCUCAACAGCAGAAGAGCACCAAGAGAGACACAAAAGUGAGCACAGGGACGAACUAG